CUUGGGGGCGCUGCCUAUCAUGGUUCGUAUCCGCAGAUGCUCAUUUUGGGGUUGGGAGGGUGGAGCAAAGUUUAGCGUAGGAAACUAAUGCCAUUUUGGCUCAACAUGACCCGCAUUGAUUGGGAUUCAUAACAUUGAACUGCGUAGAGCCAAGAUGGCCACACUAGACAUCAGUUUCGUAACCGCUAAGCUAAAUCUCGGGGAGUGGGUUUUGUGCGCCUUCACCGAACUGUUCAAUAGCUGGAGGCUGGAGGAACAGGAGUUCUAAGAAGAUAGAGGAAUCAAGGGGAAAAUAAACCGAAGGCGAAUCGUUGCUGAUAAGCUAGCAACCGUACGGUUUCGUGGCUAUCAUAAAUAUGCUGGAUACAAGCUAAAAAGGCAACAGAGGUUUCUUAGCGCACGGGUGCGUGAAGAUGAGGGUUCCUCAGGAAUGGGUGCCAGGUGUGUAUCUAACGGGAAGGAAUGACUGCCUGGUGACUGGCCUCAGUGCGUUCCACUGAUACUGCUGAAGAGGAUCUGGGUGCAGGCUUGUGUCAUCAACUGGGGGAGGAGGAGAAUCGGGUUAGACUCACAGGAAUGCACAGUCAAGCAUAUCCAUACAGCAUUCAGCAGGGUGGAGCUUCCUGACCCAUGGAGAAUUACUUCCAGGCAGAAGCCUUUAACCUCGACAAGGUGCUGGAUGAGUUUGAACAGAACGAAGAUGAGACAGACACUUCGACUCUUUCUGAUGCUAAGUGGACCCAGAUUUUGGCUCCGUCCACCCACCUGUUGUCCCUGAACCCUGCCAUCGGGAAUGCCGAUGAGGACUUGUGCCCCCGGGACCCCCGUCCAUUGAGAAUCAAGCCCCUUGAAGAGAGCCCGUAUGGGACCAGGGCAAACCUGUCCAAUGGCGAUGAGCGGGAGCCUUCCCCGGAGCCAGAGGCCUGGGUCGACACCAGAUCCCUCUCUCCCCAGCCCAACAUUGGCAAGCUAGUGAGCAGCAAGGGUGAGGUUCCAGCAGCCCCAUCCCCCAGAGCAGUCCUGAGGACAGACUCCGGGAAUCUUGCACCGGCCUUGGAGAACGGCUGUCCGGAUGUCAACGGUUGCUCCGACGAUCUGGACGGUGUCAAAGGUUGCUCUGAAGACCUUCCUCCAAUCAACCAAACAAAGAUCUCACAGCCCCACAACGAUGCUCUUGAAGAGCAUACGGAAAUGGAGGGCAACUAUUUUAAAGAAUGUCAUUUUUCCGUUGAAAAAGAGAAGAGGAAUUUGGUUACACUUGGAGUUGAAGACCUCACUUUGAACGAGAUGCAGAAGUUGCAGGAUUACAACAGCAUCAUCGGGUCACCAAAGGGACAGCAUGACCUGGAUGUACGAAAGAAGCCUUGGGCCAGAGUGGGAGAUGUCACAGCAUCUGUGGGGGUUGAAGGUCACUGCGAAGGGAUGGAGUCAGAUGCCACAAGUCAGCCAGAAAAGAUCCUGAAUGGAGGGAUUGUGGAACUGAGUGACAGUGAGGAAACCUGCGUGCAUGUUAAAGAUAUUUCAACACAGGAGACAUUGACCAUCAUGGAGGCAAGAGAGAAGGAGGAGAGUGAUGGCACUGUUUCAAGUGUCUCACCAGAGGAAGAAAAGCAAACUGAGGCAACUUUUCAGGGAGAUUUCCACUUUCCGGUCCGCUCCCCCGAAGGCUUGGACAUAGAGGAGUCUGGUUUCUUGGCGGAGGACGAAUCCUCUCAGGCUCCCCUCUCAAAGGAGGACUCUGUGACAGAGGAGAAGGAGGUGGAGGAGAGCAAGCUGGAGUAUUUUGACCAAACCCGUGGCUUAGAGGUGGGGGGAACGGGAUUGGGUGCAAGGUCCCUGAACUUUGAUGGCGGGCAACUCCAGACCGCCAGCGUGUCAUACGGAGGGGCGCGGCCCAAGCAGCCCGUCAGCACUAAGCUGCAGGGCACCCGACUGCUUUCGGGCCAGGCCUUGAGUGAGCCGGGCCCACACGGCAAGAACAAGAACCUGGAGCCGCAGUUACAGCCUGGAGCCGACCUGUCCUCCACCGAUGGAUACCAGGAGGACUCGGGUCUGACCCGGGUGAACGGAGAGAAUGGAGCAGGGUUUCAUUUAGGAGGGGACUUGAUGCCAUCUCUGCUGCUGCCCCCCGAAAGCCCAGAUAAUGAUGUCCAAGCUGGGCACCUUGGGUUACUCUCCAAAAAGCCAUUCAGUGCUCUGGGAGAAGUGGCCCCUGUGUGGGUCCCUGACUCCCAGGCACCCAUCUGCAUGAAGUGUGAGGCCAAGUUCACCUUCACCAAGCGGAGACAUCACUGUCGAGCCUGCGGGAAGGUGUUCUGCGCGGCCUGCUGCAGUCUGAGGUGUCGGCUCAUGUACAUGGACAGGAAGGAGGCUCGCGUCUGCGUCACCUGUCACUCUGUGCUGAUGAACACGUGGGAGAGCUCGACCGGUGCCUCUAACCAGAGCCCAAACCCCAACAACCCGUCCGAGUACUGCUCCACCAUCCCGCCCCUUCAGCAGGCCCAGGCCUCGGGAGCGCUCAGCUCGCCCCCGCCCACCGUCAUGGUGCCUGUCGGCGUCCUCAAACACCCAGGCGCUGAAGGAACCCUUUCCCGGGAGCAAAGGAGAGUGUGGUUCGCUGACGGGAUCUUGCCCAACGGGGAAGUUGCCGACUCCUCCAGCGUCCCUGUGCCCUCAGGCUCCCUGACCGUGUCGCUCGACUGCGACAAGCCCGCAGCAACCGACGUUCCAGGGGCUGUCUCCGUCCCCCCCGCCCCGGGUUCGGGAGGACCGGCGGGCAGCCCCGUGGGCAGCUCCGUCAACCUGAUCCCCGAGGACGGGCUCCCUCCCAUCCUCAUCUCCACCGGCGUCAAAGGAGGUACGGGGAGCCAGCUCACAGACUACGCGGUGGAGGAGCGGCCCUCUGAGAUACUGCUGAUGCAGCAGCUGGAGGAGGGCGGUCCGGACCCCCUGGUGUUUGUGCUCAACGCCAACCUGCUGGCCAUGGUCAAGCUGGUUAACUACGUGAACAGGAAGUGCUGGUGCGUGACCACCAAGGGCAUGCACGCCGUGGGCCAGGCCGAGGUGGUGGUGCUGCUGCAGUGCCUGCCCGACGAGAAGAGCGUCCCCAAGGACGUCUUCAGCCACUUUGUGCAGCUCUACCAGGAGGCUCUCGCAGGGAAUGUGGUGAGCAACCUGGGCCACUCCUUCUUCACCCAGAGCUUCUUAGGCAGCAAGGAACACGGAGGCUUCCUCUACAUCAGCCCCACCUUCCAGUCCCUGCAGGACCUGCUGCUGCCCAACCCGCCCUACCUCUUCGGCAUCCUCAUCCAAAAGUGGGAGACCCCCUGGGCCAAGGUCUUCCCCCUCCGCCUCUUGCUUCGGCUGGGAGCCGAGUACAGAUUCUACCCCUGCCCCCUGUUCAGCGUGCGCUUCAGGAAGCCGCUGUUCGGAGAGACCGGCCACACCAUCAUGAACCUCCUGGCGGAUUUCCGUAAUUACCAGUACACUUUGCCGGUGGUGACGGGCCUUGUGGUAGACAUGGAGGUUCGGAGGACCUGCAUCAAGAUACCAAGCAACCGAUAUAAUGAGCUGAUAAAGGCCAUGAACAAGUCCAACGAGCACGUGCUGGCCAUGGGGGCGUGCUUCAACGAGCGUGCCGACUCCCACCUCGUCUGCGUGCAGAACGACGACGGAAACUACCAGACGCAGGCCAUCAGCAUCCACAACCAGCCCCGCAAAGUUACAGGCGCCUGCUUCUUUGUGUUUAGUGGAGCCUUGAAGGCAUCAUCUGGAUACCUGGCCAAGUCCAGCAUCGUGGAAGACGGCGUGAUGGUGCAGAUCACGGCUGAGAUGAUGGAGGCCUUGCGGCAGGCCCUUCGGGAGAUGAAGGACUUCGACAUCCCCUGCGGGAAGGCCGACCAGGAGGAGUGCCAGGAGCACAUCCACAUACAGUGGCAGGAGGAUGAAUCCAACUUCAACAAGGGGGUUAUCAGCCCCAUCGAUGGGAAGUCCAUGGAGUCCAUAACCAGUAUCAAAAUCUUCCAUGGGUCUGAGUACAGGGCCAGCGGGAAGGUCAUUCGCUGGACAGAGGUGUUCUUCUUGCAAAGCGAGGACCAGCCCAAUGGCCUGAGCGACCCUGCUGACCACAGCCGUCUGACGGAGAAUGUAGCACGAGCUUUCUGUGUAGCACUGUGCCCUCACCUCAAGUUGUUGAAAGAAGACGGCAUGGCCAAGCUGGGGCUACGUGUCACGCUGGACUCCGACCAGGUGGGGUACUUAGCAGGGAGUAAUGGACAGCCCCUGCUCCCUCAGUACAUGAAGGACCUGGACAGUGCCCUGGUGCCAGUAAUCCACGGUGGAGCCUGUCAGCUGAGCGAGGGACCCGUGGUCAUGGAGCUUGUCUUCUACAUCCUGGAAAACAUCUCAUAGAUAGAAAAGGACAGUCUCUUCCACCUGUCUCCUCAAGGAGGACAGCGCUGUCCACCCCGUCUCCUAAAAGUGGACCAUCAUCCAGUCACCUCCUGAAGGAGGAAACUGUCCGUGACCCUUUCCUCUUUACCCGUCCCUUCCUCAUCCCACCAGCCCAAACAUCUGCAAUUCCAAGAGCCUGAAAGCUGUGCUGAGAACGUGCUCCUCCGGUCCGAUCUUCUAUGCACCAUAUCCAACAACUUUCCAGGCCUGGGCAGCCAACGGACUCCGUCAUCAUCACGGGCUUCCACGCUGCAGCAGCGUCCCUUCCCAUAAUGCCGCUGUGGGACAGGAGCGGGCGCGGCGUGCUCUCGGCAAGGGCGGGGCCUGCCGCGCCGGAGACCUCUGUAGCACCCACGCGCCGGCCGGAUUCCCCCAAACCCGCGACCGUGAGACCUCCGUGCGGGCCGGGGGCCUUCGAGAGCCGAGAGUCGUUCUGCCGCAACUGGGGGGACUGCUUCCAGUUCAGAGGGAGGGGCUAAUCGUGGACGUGGGGUGGGGGGAGGAGGAGACGGUCGAGCGAUUCGCACGCUUGUGCUCAGUGCCUGGGCUGGGAUUCCUAAAGAAGCGCGGUUCUUCUGGCCUCCAGUCUCACCUCGUAGCUUUAUUAAACGAUCACUCAACGCUUUACUCCGUGCAAGAAGAGAGCGCAGCUGCUCCGGCGGACAUCUUGCGCUGAGCCAGUCAAGACGCGAGCAGUACGAUGUACAUCAGGACAGAGGGUACGAUUACAAGGACCUCCUCUGUGUGGAAAGUCACCAGCCAGUGGGUCCUGUUGCGACGGUGAAGAUACCGGUCAGUUGUGUCUUAACUGCUGCUUCAGGUGUUUUUUUUAUAUUAUUUAUUUUGAGCAGAUGAUGGUUUAUUGCUUUACUUUUGGAAAGCUCUGGUCUGGAAUGUGUGGACAGGUCCCUUUGGGGCGAACAGCGAUGGAGCUCUUAGAAACUGCGACCCACUUUGAAGAGACAGAAGUGACGCUUCAUUCACACGUAUCAGUUCAGAGCAGACGUCGAUCCAGCAGCCUUUUAAUCACCCGGACGAGUCGGCAGGUCCUAGUGCCAGGUUGAUCAGUGCGUUCUCAUAAGGAUCAUUGGAUGUGUGCAGCAACUGCUCUAAACUGAUGAUUGUGAGGUAGUGCACUGUGCUGCAUGUAGAGCGGGUUGGUUAGCAUGAGCUCUAACAGGAUGUGGUAAAGCAGCAGGACUGCCCCUCCCAGGGCGCCCCUCCCCCCCUCCACGUUAAGUGGUCUUCCUCUGGGUGCAUCAGCCUCUAGACUCAUUUUAUAACUUAGCUUUUCAUUUCAUUUUACACAAGAGCAGUAUUGAAAAUACGCUGUCAACCAGGGAACUGGUUUUAGCACUUACGCUUCAACUGAAAUGAUGAAUCAAAUUUAAAAUGGAGAUACUGACAAUGCAUUGAAAUGCAUGGAUCCUGAGCCACAACAUGUGGAGGGAAGAAGGAGGUGAUUAAGUGAGUUGGUGUGACCAAUGCGCAGCAUAGAGUUGUUUUCGGGGUGUUAAUUACUAAGGUCUCCCUCCCAGGCAAAAAGGGGUGCACCCUCAGAAGCCUGGUGAGAAUAGACAUCAGCAAGGAAGCUGUCUUUCAGACAACCUCUUCCAAACACCAAAAUAUCACUUAUGUCUUUAGUUAUUUAACUGGAUCUUUUUGUGCUCAUAAAACCAGUUGUGAUUUAACAGACAACCCUGUUUCAAAAACAAGUGCUGGCAGUAUCCAGGGCACAGAAUUUGCCAGCGUGUACAGUGAGAGCGUACUUGAGUGCUGAGGACUUGAGUGCCCUGGAUACUGCCAGCACUCCGGAAUGCAUCAACAUAAACAGCUAAGCUAUUUGCUAUAGAGGGUAUGCACAUGACGUCACAAUACGUGGAAGUGAGUGGCAGCGUUAGCGUUCAGCUUGAAUGCCGCGAAAACACAAAAAAACACAUCUAAAAUGGGAAAAAGCUGUUGUGCGAUUUUACCCAAAAAUCCAACGUUUCUGACACAAAAUAACAACCGCAAAUCCACGUUUCCGUGCCUGGAUUCCUGUUGUUUCUGUGAAUUGCAGCGAUCCAUUUGCUUCUCUUUUCUUUAGCUUUCGGCAGUCUGUAAAAAGAUAUCUCCGAUUUCUUGUUGAAUGUCCAUAGACCACUGGUUCUUUGGUAAGUUGUAAGGAUCACUGUUGAGUCCAACUGCCUUUCAUUUAAGCAGAUAAUCGUUUGUUUUACUCCCGGUUUUGCAGUUUCCUCUACUAAAGGCAGCCAUGUCGCAGCAUGUUUUGCCACUCAGUCUGCGGGGGCAUAUUCCGGUGGGAAAGUGAUGUCAGUGCAUACCCUCUAUUCGCAAAAGGGGCAGAACACAUUUUAAAAUACAUUGUUGGUUUUGAAGCCCAGAAACAAGUCUCUGUUACAGAAUGCUUAACUCAUUAAUAGAGCUAGUCUUUAUGGCUGCAGUUACAAAAGGCUGUUGUUUUCAGGAACACUGAUUUUAUUUACUAGAAGCAGCUGGGUGGAGAGCCUGUACAUUAUGCUAAAAAAAAAUCGCAAAAAUCAUAAUUUGUAAGAUAUUCCUAAGUGUUUUCUUAAAAGAACUUCCUUGAAUCAAAAGCAUCUCAAGGUGUGUAUAUAUACUGGGAGAUAUAUUGCAAUUCUUGAGAAAAAAAACUUGUCAGGGAAGGGAAGUAUUUCUUAAACGAAUCAUUUCAUAUGCUUUAUAUUGACUUGAGAAAACUCAAGGUCAUCUUAGUAGCGAUAGCAUUUAUAAGGGGACAAGAAUGUAUCACGAGGUUCUCUGGAAUGUGCAAGGAUGUAGAAAGUGCUGAGGACUACUAUAUGCAAGCCAUAUGUUCAUCUUCGACUAUAGGAUAGCUAUGAAUAUUUGGUCCCCAGAUAUAGACGCACAAUAGUGAAAAGCGGUCCUUUCAUUGUUACAGCAUCACUGUUCUGCUGCUUUUUGGUGGUGGGCAAGUGAUCCCAGUAUUUGGGAAGCUUUCAUAAUGUUAAGAGCAAGGGCUUCUUAACCAGAAUGUGCUAUUACAGAAGACUGUGAUUUCAGAAUCUUCAUUAUUCAUAAACGCUCAGCUCUACAUUAUUUACGUAUGCUUUAUUUAUAUCAAGUUUGCCUUUUUGUGCAGAAGUUCAGAUUAUUAUUAUUUUUUUUCAUUUUGAGAUUCUCUUCACACAGGAGGCAUUGAAGUGACUCUAGUCAGACAGGAGAUUCUACUGAGACUUCCACCUCUUAAAAUCCAGCACUUUCUGUUUCUUUCCACACAGAACCCCCCUGAGAAGCUUUGUGUGGUAAAGUCUCGUUAUGAACAUUCUUUUUUUUUGACAGUGUUUUUCUCCUCCAUUAAAACUCGGAGCAACUUAACAGAAGUAUCCGUUUCUACAAGACAGAAAUUGUCAUGGAACUAACUGGAUUCAAAUAAAUUUUCCUCAAACAUAACAAUCAAUUAAAAAGGGACAAAAUCAAUGUUUUAAGCCAAAAAAAGUUCCUUCAGUGUACACUACAAACAUGUCAAUAAAAACCGUGUUCUUUAUUGAACGCUGUUGUAUCUGUAAAAUAAAUCUUAUAAAAAUCUG